CGAGGCAGCCUCGCCGGGGCGCCCGGCCCCGCGCGCUCGCGGCCCGUCCACCAUGCACUUGCUGGGCUGCUUCUCUCUGGCGUGUUCCCUGUUCGCCGCCGCGCUGCUCCAGGGUCCGCGCCGGGCGCCCGCCGCCGCCGCCGCCGCCGCCUUCGAGUCGGGACUCGGCUUCUCGGACGCGGAGCCGGACGCGGGCGAAGCCAAGGCUUAUGCAGGCAGAGAGCUGGAGGAGCAGCUGCGGUCGGCGUCCAGUGUAGACGAGCUCAUGACUCUGCUCUACCCUGAAUCCUGGAAAAUGUACAAGUGUCAGUUAAGGAAAGGUGGCUGGCAACACAGUAAGGAGCAGGCCAACGCCAAUGCGAGAACAGAAGGGACUCUAAAGUUUGCCGCAGCACACUACAACGCAGAGAUCUUAAAAAGUAUCGAUACUGAGUGGAGGAAGACCCAGUGCGUGCCGCGGGAAGUGUGCGUGGAUGUGGGGAAGGAGUUCGGAGCAGCGACAAACACCUUCUUCAAGCCUCCGUGCGUGUCCGUCUAUAGAUGCGGCGGCUGCUGCAACAGCGAGGGCCAGCGGUGCACGAACACCAGCGCCAGCUACCUCAGCAAGGCGUUGUUUGAAAUUACAGUGCCUCUCUCUCAAGGCCCCAAACCAGUAACAAUCAGUUUUGCCAAUCACACUUCCUGCCGAUGCAUGUCUAAGCUGGAUGUUUACAGACAAGUCCAUUCAAUUAUUAGACGUUCCCUGCCAGCAACACUACCACAGUGCCAGGCUGCAAACAAGACCUGCCCCACAGAUUACAUAUGGAACAAUCACAUCUGCAGAUGCCUGGCUCAGCAAGAUUUCAUUUUUUCCUCUAAUGCUGGAGACGACUCUGCAGACGGAUUCCAUGACAUCUGUGGGCCCAACAAGGAGCUGGAUGAAGAGACCUGUCAGUGCGUCUGCAGAGGGGGGCUUUGGCCUUCCAGCUGUGGACCCCACAAGGAACUGGACAGAAACUCAUGCCAGUGUGUCUGUAAAAACAAACUCUUCCCCAACUCGUGUGCGGCCAACAGAGAAUUUGACGAAAACACAUGCCAGUGUGUAUGUAAAAGAACCUGCCCAAGAAAUCAACCCCUAAACCCUGGAAAAUGUGCCUGUGAAUGUACAGAAACUCCACAGAAAUGCUUCUUGAAAGGAAAGAAGUUUCAGCAUCAAACAUGCAGUUGUUACAGACGACCGUGUACAAAUCGAGUGAAGCAUUGUGAGCAGGGACUUUCAUUUAGUGAAGAAGUAUGUCGCUGUGUCCCUUCAUAUUGGAAAAGACCACAUAUGAACUAAGAUUGUAUCUUUUCUAGUUCGUCAUUUUUCUAUCAUGGGAAAACGGUGUUGCCAUGUUAGAACUAUGAGCACAGAGACUUUGUGGGACUGAACCAUGUGGAUAAUGUUACAGAAAUGGACUGGAGCGCAUCUGCAAAAGACCUCUUUAAAAGACUGGUUUUCUGCCAAUGACCAAACAGCUGAGGUUUUUCUCUUGUGAUUUUAAAAAAGAAUAAUGACUAUAUAAUUUAUUUCCACUAAAAAUAUUGUUUCUGCAUCCAUUUUUAUAGCAAUAACAAUUGGUAAAGCUCACUGUGAUCAAUAUUUUUAUAUCAUGCAAAAUAUGUUUAAAAUAAAAUGAAAAUUGUAUUAUAA